AUGGAUGUGCGGUUUCGAGUCCUCUUUGUGUCCGCCCAACCCAGGGGCAACGCUUUUGCCAACGCCUCUGCAGUGCUGUCGGAGGGCGGUCAGGAGUUUGCGGCCAACUUCAACCUCGAGAAGGAGUUGGCCAACGAGGUAGAGCUUUGGCGGCUGCAGGCAUCCUCUGUGCUUCUCACGGAGGCAAAUCGCAGGCAGCAAAGCCCGAGAGGUCGAGAAGGCCCGGAGUCUGCUGAAGGCCUUGCGGCCAUGGCGAGGAGGCUCCAUGGGGGCAUGCCCUUCGACCACGAGAGGUCUUUGUCUCCACCUUCGCGAACGCAACUAAGCCUACACAACCGGGCAGGUCUGACACCUCGACUGAGUCCGCGGGAGGAGAUAGGUGCCUGGCCUGCUCCUGAUCCGCAGAAGGACCACACGGAGGCAGUGGAGCAGCCGCCGCCCAGCCGAGGGAGCGGUGCGCAGUCCGCACAUGGCUCCGGCGCCAGUGGGUUCGUGGAGUCCACCAGGGAAUCCACCUUGGGUGACCGUGAGCCCGAGUUCGGUGAGGUCCGCGAGGAACCUUCGCCAGCCAAUAUCCCCUCCGAGAAGCAUGGCUACGAGGACAAGGCGGUGUCGACUGCAACAGCUGCGACUUCAGAUGGCCCCGUGGACGUGCAGUUGCAGGCGAGGGCCAUUGCUGAACAUCGGGCUUUCUCAGAUCUCAGCUCUGAAGACUCGACCUUCGUAGGUUUCAUUGAGGACACUACGGAGGCCCCGGGUCAGGAGUACCGUAUCCUCUUCCACGCCACGCCAAAGAGCAGCGGCCUUCAAUUUGGCACACAGGCUGCGAGCGCUCCAGGGGAUGAGGCGUUGCCAGAGUCCCAAAGCUUCGCAAUGAGCGAGGUCUCUGGCGUGAAGUCCGACCGCAUGCACUUCUGA